AUGGCCAGGGUCUCCAGUAUAUCAGGGCCGCCUCAAGAGAGCGGGCUCUUGCUGCUCGCCGCGCUACUUCUCGACGUCUCGUCCUGGUCUACCCGGGCAGUAUUCCUCUUCUACUUGUGGAAGCAAACGGAGGGACUCACGGCCCGCUACAAGGAGCUUCGAGAUGCGGGAGAUGGAGGCGUCAUCUACAAGAAGAUGAUGCAGGAAAUCAACAUGACCAUGGUCGAGAGUUUGAAAGCUGAACAAGCGGCAAUUCUGGCGAAGCAAGUAGAAAGGAACUUUGAGUUGGCGUCAGGCAGCCCAAGGGUCAAGCGUGUCGCUCGUCACACUUAA